CUUGGAGAAGAUAACCCAAACUUCUCCCUUUGUGUAUGUGGCCGGAGCAACCCGAAAACCUAAACCACACACCACCACCAUGUGGUCAUCCCACUACCUGUCCCCGCCAACACCACUCCACCCUCUCAUCCCUCUUCCCCUCACCGUCGUCUCCGCCAAGUCUCAGCCACAACCAGGCCAAGACUUGGGAGGCUUAGGCCGUUCAUUUCUUACAAAACCCAAACCCAACCCCAAACCCACCAAUAUUACCGCCGUCACAAAACAGCAGAAGCAGAAACAAGAGGACAGCAGUCGCCAGAUAAGCGGGUCAGAAGUGCUUUUCGCUAUGCAGAAAGCAGCUGCCAAAAAACGAAAAGAGACUCGGAAGAAGAAAACGAAGACGAGUGCGGAGGGGUUAUCGUCUGUGGGCAGGCACAGGGAAGAGGAGGAGGAUGAAGUGGACUAUAGCAAAGUGAGGCCCUUGUGUUUGAAGAGUGAUUGGGGAAGAAGAUUGGAUGAGUUGGAAAUGCGUCUUCAGGAGCUUUCUUCCAAGACCAUUUGAACCUUUCAGUAACUUUCGCAGAAAUAAAUGUGUAUAACACAUUUAUUUGAUCAAUGUUGUAAUUACUAGGUUAUAUUCUGGCUUUGAUGGCACUUCAUUCUGUUUGGUUAUAAUAAGUUGCAAUAUUUGUCGUCUCGUGAAUAGAAACUCCUACUUAUAAAUAGAAGACUUUGUCACGAUCAAUCGCAGAUUCUAUCAUGUUUACGUUUUAUGAGAUUUUUUCUUUCCUUUGUAAGGUUAUUUGGGGACAGUUGAU